CAGCAAAAAAAAAGUCGACAUCCAUUUCUUCACCGUCUCGCCCCCAGUGUUGUAGCACAGACAGCAAAGCUUGAGACUAUCAUUGUCGAUCGAACAUCUAUCAUUAGUCGCUUGCUUCUUCUUCUUCUCGCUCCGCCGCAGAAGGCGUCACUGGCAACUACUACCGCGACCUUUUUGCGAUCACCAUGGCAUUUUUCCGCACGCUGGCCGGCCACCGAGCCGUUUGCGAUUUGGCGGAUGAGCUUCAAAGAUCGCCAUUCCAGGCGGAACACCUCGCCUCUCCCGUCUCCGUCUCGCUGCAUGCAUCGAAUGGUCAGAGCGGGCAAUGGCAGUCAGAGUGCACCUCGAAGGAUCUCUCACUAUCGCGUCUCGAGUCCAGUCGAAGCAUAGGCGCAGACCUGACUCCGCUCACUUCUCUGCUCUAUCAAGGCGCACCGCUACGUCGACGCGUCGAGAUGCUUCGAGCUGUCCUAGAGUCGGACGAUCUUUUUGGAAGGAAUGGCCCCUACAGAAGAUCCGAAGGUCCAUUUUUGGACAGAGAUGAGAGCUACAGAGCAGCUUUGCUCAAGAUUCGUAGACUUUGGGAAUUGAGAAAGAAGCAUGCUUGGAGCGAGGCGGAUAUGGUGAUUGUGCAUGAGCUCGUCGAUGAGCCUUUGCCUCUAUACAUCCACACAUGUCUGUUUAUUCCAACGCUGCAGCAUUCGUGCAACCUUUCGCAAAAGCAACGUUGGCUCCAAGCCGCUCUGGACUGGAGGAUCAUUGGCGCUUAUGCUCAAACCGAGCUUGGGCACGGAAGCAAUGUGCGAGGUGGAAUAGAGACUACCGCUACCUACUCCGCCAAGCACGAUGGCUUCAUUCUGCAUACGCCGACAAUCACUUCGCGCAAAUGGUGGCCAGGUGGACUGGCGCAGAGCGUGACCCACGCGCUCGUGUAUGCCAGAUUGGUGGUUGGGGGAGCAGACUAUGGUCCUAGCGCCUUCAUGCUGCAGAUCCGAUCCACGAGAACGGGUCACGACCUUGCUGGAAUCACUACGGGCAACAUCGGACCCAAAGUCGGCUUUCAUCCCAUCGAUAAUGGAUGGAUGACGUUGGACAAUGUCGUCGUUCCUCGCGAUCACCUGCUCUCUGCUUCCUACGCCGUCCACCAAGCUGGACAACUCAACAAGACUCCCAAUGCCAAUCCGGUGCUGUCUUACAGGACCAUGCUGGGUGCGCGAUUCGGAAUCAUACAUCUUGGCGGACGUGUCCUUGCCAAGGCCAGCACCAUCGGCAUCCGCUUUGCAACCUUGCGUCGACAAUUCAAACACGUCUCAAAGCCCGUGGAGAAUCAAAUCAUCUCUUAUUCCAGUCUACAAUGGCGUCUACUUGUGCCUCUCGCGGCAAGCUACGUCUUCCACCUCUCUAGCUUGGAUCUGCUCACUUCAUUGGUGACGAGCGAUUUUGAUGAUGUCGCCACUUUGAAAGACGCGCACGCCACAGCUUCGGCCCUCAAGGUCUUUGUCACGGGCUUUGCCUCCGCUGGGCUGGAAGAAAUCCGUCGAUCUCUCGGAGGACAUGGGUACAGCAAAGCAGCUGGGAUUCCAGACCUUUCCGCUUCGUUCUUGCAAAUGGUCACAGUCGAAGGAGACAACUACAUCAUCUCCCAACAAGCGAGCAGAAGACUGAUGGCUAUUCUAGAAGCUGUCAUCGAGGGUACUCUGUCCACGUCGCGUCUGCCAGAGCAAUACGCCUACCUUGAUGGUGCUGCGGCAGCUUCGGUCGUGUCUCAAGAGAAUAACAUUGGCGUGCAUUCAGCAGCAGACUUUGCCUCUCCCGCAAUGCAACAACGCUUCUUGGCGUUGGCUGCUCUGAAUGCGGCGUUGCAGACGCGCGAAGCUUUGCGUGCUGAACGAGCGAGCGGCAAAUCUGCCGAAGAAGCUUGGGACGCUUGUCUCAUCUUCUCCGACACUGCCGUCUUGGCCUACGCCAUUCUGAGCAUCCACAGCAGAUUCCAGCGAGUCAUGGAGCGUAUCCAAAUAUCGCACGCUCCCACCGGUUCCCUUCCACCAAAAAUCGUAGAGCUCCUUGUGGCUUUGCGAGACCUGUUUUUUGUUGCGGUCUGCACUACCGCGCCUAGUCCUCUGUCUGGCAUGCCCACACCCUUGAUUCUUGCGCUGCAACACCGCGGCAAAAAGACUGACGCUACGCGCUUUGACACGGCAACGACUACCAGAGCGUUGGAGGAGCUCAGAAGAAAGAGGCUGGAAUUGCUCGCUCCUCACGCUUUGGCACUGGCCGAAGCUUGGGGCUUUAGUGAUUGGGAGCUGGGAGCACCUGUUGCACCGGAGAAUGGAGACUUGUACGGCUCACUCGUAUCGUGGGCAGCUCGCGAUCCCAUGAACAGCCGUCACGCUCAGACGAACAGGCGCGCCUGGGUGGACAUUCUUGGGCCCCUUGCGAAUCACCCGUCGGGACAAGGUCAGGCGCCCAGUCCGAUCGCGGGUCGCCCAGAGCGUCGACCUCCAAGCGCUUCCCUUUUGCCCCACAAACUCUGAGCUCGCAGCUCUUGCGUCUCUGUGGUGAAUGUUGAUGUUAUGUCCUUGAAUACUUAGAGCGUG